CACCUCUUCUCUCUCUCUCUCUCUCUCGGGGCGGUUCCUUCUUAUCGAGGGUCAGUUUCUUUCUCUUCCCAUUUCAGUGUUGCUCAAGCCGUGAAAGGGGUAGGAUAUCGCCUCUCCCGCCUCUCCUCAUUUAUGAAUUGACGGUGAUCUUGCAUUCAGCGGGAGUCACGGCAGAGGUCCCACCAAGAUGAGGUGCGCCGCGGACAAGGUAACCCGCGUCUGUGUCACCUUGCUGCUGCUUGUGUUCAUGGUGUACCUGGGCAGCCACGGGACACAGGAGCCGCACACGCUCGUCUUGCCGUUCACCAUGCCCAUACAGAACGUCAGUACUGGCAGCCCCGCCCCGUCAGCCACGUCAGCCAAGCCCCCGCGCAGCAUGAGGCCCUUCAAGGUGGUCAAGAACAAAGUGAUUUAUCUGGAUCCCUCCGCCGCUAAUGACCCCUCAAAAGUUACGACUCCUCAGCUCUCAAAAGCCUUCGAUCUGAAUGAAAUUGAUUACUCCAAAUAUAACGCUGAGGAGCGUCAGUACCUGGAGAGCCGCGUGCCCGUCAUGCUGGAGAGGGCGCGGCAGGCGGGGCAGGCGUGCAAGGAGGCGCCCCCCUCCGGCACCCACUUCCCACACCUCGUGUUUGACCAGGUGCACGAUGUGGUCUUCUGCCCCAACUUCAAGGUUGCGUCUACCACGUGGAUGAUCAACUUCCUCAAGCUGGCCCACUUCAACGACGACAACCCCGCCAUCCCCGCCGACCUGCCGCCCGAGAGGAGGAACCAACUCAAGUACUCGGUAAAGUACGGCGCCAAGCAGUACGAGGUGUUCAACAUGUACCCGACGCCCUCGACCAUGGAGGAGAAGAUGAAGGUGGUGCGGGAGAGUGCCAGGGUCAUCAUCGUCAGGCACCCCUUCACCAGAAUCUUGUCAGCUUACCGGGACAAGAUGAUGAAGCUGCUACCCAAGCCGCCCAAGUUCAAAUUCAGGGAGCUGCAGAAAAGCAUCAUCAAGAAAUACAGACCCGCAGACUCCACCGACAAGUCCCCCUUCCCAAGCUUUUCCGAGUUCGUUCAGCACGUCAUUGAUUUCACGGCGUCCUUCACUAGGGGCCUGGACUGGCGCAUGAAUGUGAAGUGCUGGGUUCCGUUCUGGGCGCAGUGUGACGUGUGCUCGAUAGGCUACAACGUCAUCAUGAAGCUGGAGACGAUGCCGGAGGACGAGCGCUUCCUCAUCACACUCACAGGCAUGGAGGAGCUCAAGAAGAGUGAAGGGGAGUGGCGCCACCUCAGAAACGUGUCUUCCUCUACGGCGGCGGCAGACUUCUACCGGCAGCUCACGACCCGUCAGAUGCUGGACCUCCACCAGCGGUACAAGCUUGACUUCGACCUCUACGGCUACACCCUCGACGACUACCUCCCGCUGGCCACGGACGCCCCAUCACGCACACACCCUUAACUCGCCCGUCUAAUAUAUAUAUAUAUAUA